AAGAAAUAGGCAAUGAACCUCAAAGAGAUGAAUUUGAAGAUAAUUCAAAUGUUCCAAAAUUAUCUUACCUAAGAAUAUUUUUACUUAAUCUCUGGUUUGGAAUUAAUGCUUGGGGAGGUCCUGUGGCUCAAAUAGCAUUAAUUAAGGAUGUUUUAGUAAUUAAAGAAAAAUGGAUUACUAUACCGAGAUUUAAUAGAGUCUAUGGUGUUUAUCAAAUUUUGCCCGGUCCCGAAGCUACUGAAUUAUGCAUGUUCUUUGGUUGCCUUUCUGGUGGUCGAUUUGGCGGUUUCCUCGUUGGGCUUCAAAAUGAUCGGUUUAACGCUUCUUUCCGAGCUUUACAACCGAUUGUGGCUGCAAUGGUUUUAAGAGCUGUGCACAAAAUUGCUGACCAUGCGCUAAUAUCACAUACAACUCAUCGUUUUAGUUACUGGUUAUUUGGCAUGGCGAUUUUAGCUUCAAUUCAAACCGCUUUAAGAUUUAAUUAUUUCAUAACUUUAGGUGUAUGUGGUGUAGCAUUUAUGUUUAUUGAAAGAAAAAUAUAUUGGCUUGGUUUAAUUGUGAUUGCUUUGGAAAUAAUUGGUUAUGGAAUUUAUAUUGGGAUAAACAAAGAUAUUCCGUCACCUACUACUUUGGGUAUUGGUGUGGCUAAAGCCGAUCCUCGCUCGGGUCCUGACCCAGGUCACACAUUCGCCCUGGGACUUGUUGCUGGUAGCUUGUCUUUUGGUGGUGCCUAU